ACGUCAACAAGCUCCAACUCGUGGCAUAUGAUGAGAAUUUGAUUUGGCUGCCAGAUCAUUCACACUGCCCUGUGCUUGUAACCUAACCUGCUGGGCACUAAACACGAAACAACACUACAUUGUCGUCCCGUGCUUACCUGCCUACUUGUACACAAACUUGACGAGUCAUCCGUCGCCAACACUGACACAGGUGAUCGACUUCGCCUAGCCCCGAAGCCCCUGCAUCUUCUCACACAUCCUUCGCCAAGCUAGAGGGAGACAGUCGCAUUAUCUUUCUGGCGCCCGUAGAUUCACUCGCUUGCUCCCGGACAGCCGUGUGGGCUGUGGGUUGCAUUCCGUGCAGUUAAACGCACUCCUAAGCUGAGUAGGAUACAAAACCCCAUCUACGUGCCCACCAUGGCCCGUUCAAAGACGAUACAACAAACCCCGCGGGAUGGAUUCCUUCCGGAACACUCAUCGUCAACCGGCCCCAACCCUUCCGCCACUGCUCACCCGACUGAGCUGAGAAAGCGUCUGGUCACCAAGUCAGCCGUGCAACUGAGAGAGAAAAUGGACGAAUACCGCCCCAGUCUCGACGACUCCCAAGAGCGACUCGUAGCGGACGAAGAAGACGAAGCAGCUCGGGGUCCGGCAUCAUGGAUGAGCCGAAAUCAGUGGGUGGUGUUUGCUAUCGCCAGCGGUGCCUGCGCUGCUUUUAAUGGUGUAUUUGCCAAGUUAACAACGAAUGAUCUCACAUCGCACCUUUCGCAAGGACUCGCGAGCACUUUUGGACUAGUGGCUUUCGAGAGCGCCAUCGAGUUUAUUGUCCGUUGCAUAUUCUUCGGGCUGAACUUGGCUUUCAAUGGCGUGAUGUGGACGCUUUUUACCAAAGCCCUGGCUCGUGGUUACUCCACGACUCAAGUGUCCAUCAUGAAUACGUCGACUAACUUCAUGGUCACCGCCCUCUUGGGGUUUAUGAUUUUCUCCGAGUCGCUUCCGCCCCUGUGGUGGCUGGGCGCCGCCAUGCUCGUCGCCGGCAAUGUGGUUAUCGGUCGCAAGGACGAGGGCAGCCGCUCGGCGGCGGAUGACGAAGAGGAUGCCAUAUCCGUAGCGGAGUCGGGUGCUAGUGUGCGCUCGUACAGUGCGGUUCCUAUUCCGCAAGUUGAUGGUAUGCUGCCUGUGGAGAAAGACGACGACGCGGAUGAGGAUGUGGCAUUCAUUGGAGAUGUGGUCAUGGAGCCCGAGGAUAGGUGAGGUGAUGCAGGAUAGAGUAUGUUCUGGUUUAAACAACUCUAGACUUGGAUACCCAUUGAGUUAGUUGGAUGAUAGACUUCUUAUUUGAAUUAUAUCUUUUUUUUGAAA